UUCUACCUUCAGGACACUAAAAGCAGCAACGGGACGUUCAUCAACAGCCAGAGGCUGAGCCGCGGCUCAGAAGAGAGUCCGCCCUGUGAGGUUCUGUCCGGCGACAUCAUUCAGUUCGGGGUGGAUGUGACUGAGAACACACGGAAAGUCACCCAUGGCUGCAUCGUGUCAACAAUCAAACUCUUUCUACCUGAUGGGAUGGAGGCCCGCAGACGAAGCGAUGUCAUCCAGGCUCCAUUACCGCUUCCUGUAGACAAGGUCGCAGCCAACACUCCCAGUAUGUACUCACAGGAACUCUUCCAGCUCUCCCAGUAUCUACAGGAGGCCUUACACAGAGAGCAGAUGUUGGAGCAGAAGUUGGCCACCCUACAGCGGCUCCUCAGCACUACUCAAGAGGCCUCAGAGAGCAGCUGGCAGGCUCUGAUAGACGAGGACCGCCUGCUCUCCAGGCUGGAAGUGAUGGGCAGUCAGUUACAGGCCUACUCCAAGUCGCAGACGGAGGAGGGGAUCAGGAAGGAGCUUCUGGCUCUUCAGGAGGACAAACACAACUAUGAGACCACGGCAAAGGAGUCCCUGAGAAGAGUCCUCCAGGAGAAGAUCGAGGUGGUCAGGAAGCUCUCAGAGGUGGAGCGGUCCCUCAGUAACACAGAGGACGAGUGCACCCACCUGAAGGAGAUGUCAGAGAGGGGUCAGGAGGAGCUGAGGGAGCUGGCCAACAAGUACAACGCCGCCGUGAACGAGAUCAAGGAGCUCACCGACAAGAUUAAGGCGGCAGAGGGAAGGCAAGAGGAGCUGACUCUGCAGGGAGCCACGGAGAAGAGGGAGCUGGAGAUGCGAAUCGAAGAGAUGGAGGAGAAGGAGCAGGUUCUCCAGGCUCGCAUUGAAGCACUGCAGGCUGACAACGAUUUCACAAACGAGAGGCUCACCGCCCUCCAGGUGCGCUUAGAGCAACUACAGGAGAAAAGCAUUAAGGACAGCAACAGCCUGGAUGAGGACAUUGUCUCCCACGGACGGGCAGCGGAGCCUGUGGAAGACCAGCAGAGCCUGCAGACCUGUGAGAAGCUCGGCGGAGGCGAGGCAGAUUCAGACACUGAUGAUGAUGGAGAUGAAGAGAAAGAUGACAACUGUCACCUCAACAGUGGAGGAGAGUCGACUCGAAUCCCGCAGUUGAUUGAAUGUCCGCCGGUCAAGCAGCUGAAAGAGAACGUCUGCUCUUCAAUCGACAAACUGGCCAACUUUGACGAAGUCAUGGAUGCCCACCUGCAGAACAGCCAGACAGCAGAGGACGAGCUGCUGGCCAGCCCCGACCACCUCAGAGGGAACCAAAUGGACGCCAAAGAGUCCGACAUGUCCGACACGCUGAGUCCCAGCAAAGAUCGCAGCAGUGACGAGGCGUCAGAUGGGAACAUGAACGACCAGGAGCUGAAUGAAUCGCAGAACAGAGUCACCCUGCUGAAAGCUGAGCUGAAUCGGGCUGGUCUGGAAGCAGGAGACACGGAGAAGGUCAUCAGCCAUCUCCACAGAGAACUUCUGGAAGCCCAGGACUUGGCCAACACUGGGAAGCAGAAAUGUCUGGAGCUCCAAGCUCUGCUAGAGGAGGAGAGGAGGAGUAACUCCAAGCUGACUCAGGAGUCCAGCAAGCAGAUCCAGUUCCUGCAGACUCAGCUGGAGAAACUUCAGGCGGACAUGGAGGCCCUGAGGGAGCAGAGGGAGGGCACCAUCUGCAGCACCAGGGAGGAGCUCUGCUCCGCCCAGGAGGAGAUUCUCGUUCUGCGACACGCCAUGGAGACGGCCACCGCAGAGCGGGAGCGAGAGAUCGCCGCCCUGCAGGCGAACGUGGGUAGCGUUCGCACUGAGCUGGAACACUGGAGGGCCACGGCUGCCAAGUACGAGGAGGAGAUCAGCCGCCUGCAGGAGACAUUUUCUCAGCAGCAGCAGAGCAAAGCCAGUCAGCUGCAAGAGGAGUGUGCAGCUUUGCAGCAGCGCUGCACAUCUUUGCAGCAGGACUGUGAAGGCUUGAGAGCUGAGCGGAGAGAUCUCACAGAGAAGCUGCAGCGCCUGGAGGCUGAGCUCAGCAGCACCAAGGAACAGAGCCUGGUCCUCAGCAGCAGCCUGGAGUCUCUGAAGAAGGGGAAGGAGGUUCUACAGGACAAGCUGGGUUCUCUGGAGAACCAGCACCUUCAGGAUGCCAGCAGGUUAAAGCAGCAGCUGGAUCAGGCCCAGGCCCGAACACACACCCUGCAGAAAGAGUAUGAAGACACUCAGUCGCAGCUGAUGGACCUGCGUCAGCGCUACCAGCAGACGGAGCAGGAGAAGCUGAACAUACACCAGGAGCUGGAGCAGUGCCGGAGCAAUCUGAAGCUGCUGCAGGACAAGACCAGCUCUAGCGGCUGGAGCCCCUGGAUGCCGGUCAUCGCAGCGAUGGUCGCCGUGACAGCAGCUUUCCUCUACCCCAACCUGCCUAAGAGCGGCUCCGCCUGAGGCGAGGAUGGCGGCUCCGCCUGAGGCGAGGAUGGCGGCUCCGCCUGAGGCGAGGAUGGCGGCUCCGCCUGAGGCGAGGAUGGCGGCUCUCUUAUUUGUAAAAAGCCUGUUUGUACAUAUUGUAGUGGGAACGGUCGCGGUUCCUGCUGGACUU